CUGUUGUAUGCUUAAAUUUUAGUAAUAUAAAUGUAUUCUCUGUUAUAUAUCGGUUUUAAUUUCAACAUCGUACCUUAACACGUUUUUAUUUUAAGAGUAAUGUACAUUCAUUGACAAAUGUAAAUAUAAAAUAAUCUUCACAUUCAAUGCUUGUGUAUUUGGGGAGGAGGACUUUAAUUUUAUGUUUGUGCCAAUACUAUGAUAUGUGAUUUUUUUUUCUUCAUAUUUUCCUGAUAUGCCUUUUACUUAACCUUUUUGGGGAUCACUUUGUUAGAUGAGAGAGUGCAAAAAUGUGUCUGUGUCUGGCUUUGGAGGGCAUGUAAUCUGAGAGUCUUUCUCUUUCAGUGAAAGAGUUUUACCCAUUAAUAGUCACUAUUAUAAGAUAUAUAGGAUUUGGUCUUUUUUCUGCUAUUCUGUUCUUUGAGUAUUAUUGAUGUUUUGGGGUUUUUUUUUUCCCCUGCCUUUUGGUAUAUAGAUUAGGUUUGUUGUUAUUUGUUUUUGAAUUGCCUAGUGUUUUAGGAGAGUUUUAGGUUCUAUUAGUGUUUACUUUUAAAUUUAUCAAAAACUUUUUAAAACAUAAGUCAGAGUUAAAAGCAAAACUGCAUCUAUUGAUUUCCACCGAAUUUAAAGUGAGGAAUUUAGCACGCCUUUACUUAUCGCUUUUUUAGUAUUUGUUAACAUGAUUUGAAGUUUUCCCCAGUUAUUAUUGCAGGCUUAGUUUUUAAAUUACACGUUGUGUCUUUUCAGAAUACUUUUUGCAUUUGCAUCCCGUCUUAUUAUCAGAUUUAUAAUUAUUAUUUAGAUUUCACUUCAAUGUGCAGUUUCAUCCCUCUCUCUUUGUCUGGUGCAUUCUGGGAGGACUUCGCAAAUUCGUCUCCAGGUCACUAAAGUGACUUUUUGUUCCCUAGUUCUGUUUUCUUUCUGACUCUCAUAGAUUGUAUUUUAGGCUGUAUUUUGAUUCCCUUCCCACAUCCCAAUUUCUUUGUAUCUCGGUUUUUUUCCUUUUCGCCUCCUUCCAUCACCUUUGCGUUUCAGAUUAUUUCCUUCUUAGGAUAUUCUGUUUCAUUCCAUUGAGGACAUCUCUUUGCCCAAGUCAAGGAUGCCAAACAGUUUCCUGAGUUUUUCCUCUAGACCCUUCUCUAGAUCAUGUUAUGAGAUGACAUGUCUCAGUAGUCUGCCUGUGAUCUCACUUUGCCCACCUCAGAACUCCAUCUGUGUCAUACCUGGGAGCAGGUCUGUGAGCACAACUCCCACCCACAUUCCCCUUUUCUGCCUGCUUUUCUCCUGCGGUGUGUCCAUGUUCUUCUGCUGCCCGGGUCCCCAGAACAUGGAAGCAAUAGAAUGCAUGAUAUUCAGGCCUCCCAAGUAUGCUGCUACCAUGUUUGUUCAUUCUUUGAUCCUUUCUAUAGCUCUUCACUUGCGGAAACCACAUCCCCCAGAAUGCACUGCAGAGUAUUUUCUCUGCCACCACCUCAUCAUUCCUGCCACACAUUUUCUGGGAUUUGAAAUCACCACCUACUGUGAAAAAAGUGGAGGCCAUGCACAGAUUGUCCAUCUCCUUUUAGAAAGAAAUAAAUCUGGAACCAUCCCAUCCGACAGCCAAGGAGCAACACCCUUGCACUACGCAGCUCAGAGUAACUUUGCCGAAACAGUUAAAGUAUUUUUAAAACAUCCUUCAGUGAAAGAUGAUUCAGACCUGGAAGGAAGAACAUCCUUUAUGUGGGCUGCUGGAAAAGGCAGUGAUGAUGUCCUUAGGACUAUGCUGAGUUUAAAAUCUGACAUUGAUAUUAACAUGGCAGACAAAUACGGAGGUACAGCAUUACAUGCCGCGGCCCUUUCUGGCCACGUCAGCACCGUGAAAUUAUUGUUGGAAAAUAACGCUCAAGUAGAUGCCACUGAUGUCAUGAAGCACACUCCACUUUUCCGAGCCUGUGAGAUGGGACACAAAGAUGUGAUCCAGACACUUAUUAAAGGUGGAGCAAGGGUAGAUCUAGUGGAUCAAGAUGGACACUCUCUCCUACAUUGGGCAGCACUGGGAGGAAAUGCUGAUGUUUGCCAGAUCUUGAUAGAAAAUAAGAUCAAUCCAAAUGUGCAAGAUUACGCGGGAAGAACCCCUCUGCAGUGCGCUGCCUAUGGCGGCUACAUCAACUGCAUGGCAGUGCUCAUGGAAAACAAUGCAGACCCUAACAUUCAAGACAAAGAGGGAAGAACAGCUUUGCACUGGUCCUGUAACAACGGAUAUCUUGAUGCCAUUAAAUUACUGUUAGACUUUGCUGCUUUUCCUAAUCAGAUGGAAAAUAAUGAAGAAAGGUACACUCCCCUUGACUAUGCCUUGCUCGGUGAGCGCCAUGAAGUGAUCCAGUUCAUGUUGGAGCACGGCGCCCUGUCCAUCGCAGCCAUACAAGACAUCGCUGCCUUCAAAAUCCAGGCGGUCUACAAAGGGUACAAGGUCAGAAAAGCUUUUCGAGAUCGGAAAAAUCUCCUCAUGAAGCACGAACAGUUGAGAAAAGAUGCUGCUGCCAAGAAGCGAGAGGAAGAAAACAAACGAAGAGAGGCAGAACAGCAGAAGGGAAGGCUGAGCCCAGAUUCCUGCAGAUCCCAAGCCCCUCCCUGUGUGCCCAGCACCCAGGCUGAGCCCCACAGGCAGAGCUGGACCCCCAGCAAACAGCAUCCCACCAGCAGCGCGGCCCAGGACCCUGAGGGGAGAGCCUGUCGAGGAUCUCCAGGCAGAGCCCCCCAGAGGGAGGCUGGGAACAGCCCCCCAGAUGUGCAGGGAACAGACCCCAGAAAGCCAAAUGAAUCAUCCAGAGAACACUCUAAAGGCCGAUCUGCCUGUGUCCACUUCAGCCCCAGUAAAGGCAACGAUGGAAACAGGCAUCCGGGAGUCUCCUCUGUUGAGAAGUCCGGAGGUGAGACAGUUGGUGAGCGGCGGUGUGACAAGGGGAAAGGCUUCUUGAAGCAGCCCUCCUGUAUCAGGGCGGCUGGGCCUGAUGAGGAAGGAGAGGACCCCGGUUGGGCAGCUGCAAGCCUUCCACAGCAGGAUGGCCACCGGAAGCCGGGCAGGCGGCAGGACCCAGCACCCAAGGCCAGGUGUGCUUCCCAGAAAAGGCGCAUUCAAGAGCUCAGAGGAGGAAGGGGCUCCCCGGCUGGUUCUAGCCGGCCUGGCAGUGCCAAGGGGGAGGUGGUCCACGCUGGGCAGCAUCCUCUCCACCAUCGGACACCAAGAAACAAAGUGACACAGGACAAGCUCGCAGGAGGGAUCUACUCAGAUUUGCCACAGAGCACAGAGGUGUUGAGGUCAGGAGUCAGGAAGCUGGGAACAUCUGCCCUGUCUGAGGACACCCAGCUAUCCAAGGAGACUGAUCCAGCACCUGGUCCCCUCUCUGGGCAGAGUGUCAAUAUUGACCUUCUCCCCGUAGAACUGCGGCUGCAGAUAAUCCAGAGAGAAAGGAGCAGGAAAGAGCUGUUUCGCAAGAAGAACAAGGCGGCCGCGGUCAUCCAGCGGGCCUGGAGAAGCUACCAGCUUAGGAAGCACCUGUCCCACCUUCUGCACAUGAAGCAGCUUGGAACCAGAGAUGUGGACAGAUGGAACCAAGAGUGCCUGGCAUUGCUGCUCCAAGUUUGGAGGAAAGAACUGGAACUAACCCCCCCAAAGACCACUGCAGUAAGCAGGACCACGAAGAGUUCAUCCAAGGGCAGCUCAGGCACAAAGUCCACCAGACACUUAGUACUCAAGCAAAUCUACGGUUGUUCUCAAGAAGGGAAAGUUCCUCAUCCCACAAGAUCUUCCAAAGCCCAUCCUGUGCUGCAUCUCAAUUCAGUGAGCAACUUGCAGUGUAUACACCUCCUUGAGAAUAGUGGAAGAUCAAAGAAUUUUUCUUAUAACCUGCAAUCAGCUACUCAAUCAAAAACCAAAACAAAGCUUCGACCACCUGUGGAGGAAGACCGUGUCCGGGGGAGCUGGAAUAGCUAGUGCAGAGUUCUGAUUCUCUGCUGAUUAACUUUUCCAUCUUGAGAAAACUUUAAUAUUCAUGCCUCAAGCCUUAUUAGCCUGAAAACAUGGUAACAACUGAAUGACAAUGUCAGGAUGUUUUCUUUCUGCUCUUAUACAGCACUGUUAGCCUGUGCUACAGACUAUACCCGUGCAAAACUUACUAGCUGUCUGCCCUCGCUUCAGUCAGUACAGCUAUAAAGUAGAACACAUAAUUAACAGUAACGUCUAAGCCAAACUAAGAACAUGAGCACUAACAUGAGAUUUCUGCCAGCCAGCUGAUGCAAGCCUGGUUUUUUGGCUCCAGGGAAGAACCUACAUGAGAGGGGGAAGAGCCUGUCCUAUAGCAGCCAUUUUUAUCAGUUGGACCAGACCAUUCAUGCAUAACCUACCAAUUCACUUGUAUUUUCUGCCUGACCUAUAGGUGAGCAAGCUUGUCAAAAUGCCAUUCCUAUUGGCAGGGAAAACUGCUAAACCUACAUACAUUCAAGCUAUAAGAACACCAGGCAUAAAUAAAUUUCAGUGGUUACAGGCUUUUUCACAUUUUGUUAAAAGUUUUAUUUAUAUUUGGGGUGCCUGGGUGGCUCACUCGAUUAAGCGUCCAACUUCAGCUCAGGUCAUGAACUCAUGGUUCAUGGGUUCAAGCCCCCCUGUUCUGACAGCUCAGAGCCUGGAGCCUGCUUUGGAUUCUGUGUCUCCCUCUCUCUGUUCCUCCCCUUUGGAUUCUCUCUCUUCUCAAAAAUAAAAAAAAAUUAUUUUUGAGAGAGAGCGUAAGCAGGGAAAGGGGUAGGAGUGGAGUGGGAGGAAGGGACAGAGGAUUGGAAGCAGGUUCUGCGCAGACAGCAAGCUUGAUUCGGGGCUCAACCUCACAAGCUCCAAGAUCAUGACCUUAGCCGAAGUCGGAUACUCAACCAACUGAGCCACCCAAGUGCCCCAGUUUUUUCACAUUUUUAAGAGCAAAGCUACCAUAGGAAUGUAGACAGAAGGCAUAAACAGUGGCAUGUUAGGCCCAAAUAUUUGUAGUAGGAGCAUUUCCAUUUUCUUAAGAUUAUUGCCACCCCUGUCCUGACAGGUAGAGAUAAGCAGCAAUAAAGUGUUACCUUGAUUUUUGUUACAAUUUGCUAAUUAUUUCAUAAUUAUGAAAAUAGUUAAUCCUUGAACAACCAGGUUUGUGUGGGUCCUCUUAACAUGGAUUUUUUUUCCAGUAAAUGUAUAUAGUAUCAAUAAAUAUAGCCAUGGUACUGCA